AGUUUCAUUAGAGCUGGGACAAGAAUAGUAAUGUUUCUACGUGACAUGUAGAAAAAUGGAAACGAAUCAACGACACAGAUUUAAGCUUGACUGCAGGGAUUUCAUUCUGAAUCUUGGUAGUCUAGUUUUGUGCGUGGUGGAUGUGGUGUUGGACAUAUAUGCGGUUGUGGAUUUCUACCAGGAGGAGGACUACGUUUCCCUGGGAGUGUUGGUCUUCCUGCUUCUGGGUUCCUCUGUCCUUUCCCAGGCAUACAGCUGGCUGUGGUAUAGCUACGAUGAAUUCAAGAAUUCAAAGGUUGAAGGCUUUUUCGGUGGCUUCUGUCUCAAGGUUGUCCACUUGUGUCAGAUGGGACUCUAUCUCAGGUUUGCCGGUGUAGUAGAGGUCUCAACACAAUCCUUCUGCAAUGGGAACUCAGAGGGACGUGAAAUGUCCCUAUCUCAUGACCUCAACAUGUUGCGUCUGAUUGAGACAUUUUCCGAAAGCUCCCCACAGUUGGUCCUCAUGCUCACCGUCAUUAUCCACAGGGGCGUCCUGGAGCCCAUUACUGUAUUAAAGACAGCUGGAUCAGUGGCCGCCAUCGCUCUCAGCGUGACCAUGUACCACCGCUCCCUUCGUGCCUUCCUUUCUGAUAAGACCAAACAAACUUGGGUAGCAUCUUUUGUAUACUUCCUGUGGAACCUGUUUUUGAUUGGUACCCGUGUGAUUGCACUCGCACUCUUCACGUCCGUCCUGCCCUGCUAUUUCCCUGCACACUUCCUGUCCCUAUGGAUUAUUCUAGUCUUCUGCGCGUGGCGAGAAAACACCACAUUUAUGGAGAGCCCUGGUGGAGAGCAGCUCUUCCGGGCCACUUUAGGCCUCAUCUGGUACUUCAGCUGGUUUAAUGUGUCAGCGGGGCGGACCAAGAGGAAGUGCCUUUUCUAUUACAGCUUUAUAACAGUUGAUACAUGUGUGCUUUGUUGUGUUUGGUACUGGAGGAUCACCACUGACCCUCCCUACUUCGAAUCCUCUCUGCCGCCUUAUGCAGUGCUCAUUGGUAUGUCUGUCUUGUAUGGUCUUGGGCUCCUGUUUAGAGUGGGUUACUAUAAAUGGUUUCAUCCAACUGGUACAAAUCUGAGAACAGCUGAGCCUGAGUCUGAGCCUAACCUGAGAGGAGUUGCCACUCAAGAGGGGUCGGAUGAGGUAGACAAUGUUUUGAUGGACCGCAACAUGCAAGGCCCUUCAAGACCUGCCAGAGUCAAAACUAGGAUGGAGAAAUUGGCUGUUAACUUCUACAGUGACAGAACUUAAAUUAAAUCCAGUCUGUAGGGAAGACUGAUAUUGAAAAUGGACAGAGCUCAGCAACAGUAAAAAAAACAACUAAAAGCACUGUUGUAUAUGAUAGCAUUAAAACUGUUGUUUGGUGUAGCACUCACAAGCUACCUAUGGAUUUGAUCAUGGAUUGGAACUACUGUGAAUGACUUCCACAAAGACUCUGUUCAGGAAAUGACCUCAUUUACAGCAGCAGCCGUUGGAACAUCUCUGGACUGUAAACUCAGAAGAAAGCGUCAUUUGACUGUCUUCUCUAAGUUCUUUGGAAAGUAUAAUAGUUAAAUAUAUUUUUCUAUACAUUUUAAAUGUAUAGAAAACACCUGGAUCUCAGAUGGCGUUGGAAUUAAUCCCAAAGGUGUUUCCUUAUGUAUCUUUUUGGGCAUGAAAGCAUUACCAUACUAUAACAAGAAAGUAUCUUUCCUAAACUGCCGCCACAAAUUUUAUAACACAAAAUUGUUUAAAUGUCAUUGCAUCCUUUAGUAUUUAGACUGCCUUCAAUAGAACUACGGAGCUUAGCUUCAAGACAUUAGUUGGCACUUGUGUCCACAUAUUGUUGGCCAUAUGUUGCAUUGUUCAACUAAAUAUUUAAGUACAUUUCAAAGUUUUAUUAUUUUUUUUUUUAUGUACAUUGACAUGGGUAAUAUUAGUACACAGGAAAACCUUGCAGGGUGAUCAACAGUGUUCCGGUCCUAUGCAACAGACAGGAAACAAAACAUACACAAGAGAAAGCUCUGCAUCUGUUCUUACUUUACAUAAGUUAGCCUAUUAAGUGUAUUCAGUAUUGACAUGAUAAAGUUGAUCCCUACAAAGCUAUGUGCCAUCAUAGCUUUUUGCAUUGAGUUGAGAUAUUGCACACACUAAUCUACAUAAGCCAACACAGACAGAUCUAGAAACAAGAUGACAAACAGUACUUCGUUUUUUGGCUUUGAAACAAGUGUGGGGAGUAAAAUCCAUAGCAGACCCUCAUAGUAAAAAAACGCAUACUCAUACAUUUCAUAACAACGAACUUUAAAACAGAAAUAACAUUUAUAGAAACGCAUGCACUUCAAAACAAAUAAAAUCAAACCAAUCAACCAGAAAAACAAUGCAAGCAGAGAAGAACUCAUUACAGAAAGAAAAUGCAACAAAAGGGAUGUAUUUUGCAAUUGGAAAACUUCAAUGGUCUCUAGAAAACAUGUCAAAUGAUUGUGUGUGGUGGUUCAAAUAAAACGGAUCAGUCCAUAUCUACUUUACAUUGACAACAUUUACUUUCCAAAGGACUUAUUUUAAAAGAGAUCUGUCACAGUAUAAUUUCCUUGAUUCACUUAGGUAGUUCAUAAUUUGUUUUUAACAGAGAGCUAACAUGACCUCACUCUGUAUACUUUCUUUACCCAAAAUUGGUGUGUCUAAACAUAAAUCAAAGUACCUUGUAGUUUACGGAUUGAUUGUCUUAGUCAUACAAGCCACUCAAAGCAACAGCAAUGUGAUUCCAAUUUACAAAGGCUAAUGGGAAUGCUACUGCUUCAGUGGACAAAGCUAUAGCAGAGAAAGAGUUUCAGUGGUAUAAUUUCCUCAGGUAACAAUUACUCCUGUGCAUCGGUCCAACAGGACCAACUAAGUCUUUGCACUGAUUAAUAAAGUAUAUUGUAAUAUCGUAAAAAAAAAAAAAGUAUGGUAACACAAUAAGAAAAAUAACACUUCAGCUUAAGUGUGGAACAACCAUUAUUGAUAAUGCAUAAAACACAUUUAAGUAAUUCCCUUAAGAGAUUAUAUAUUCAUAAUGGUAUUGACUACAAGGCACUAUAUAAAUAUUUAUGAACACUCAGGAAAUACAAACAAAUACACAGAAAACACAUUCUUAAUUGUCAAGCUGCAUGUGAGUAAAAAAAACAAAACAAAAACAAGGAACAAAAUCUUCUUCAGGCUCAGUAUUGUUCAGUCACAAUCUCACACUGACCAGGGAUUAUUGGACAUCCAGCUUUCUUUACCAGCUA